UCGGUUCGACUAGCAAACUGGGUUUUAUUAAUUAUUUUUGAACACACAUCCCUUAGAUGACAUCGAUAAAAACAGAAAAAUUGUAGCUUUGAUUUGAAUUGAUAUGUCAUCUGGCGCAUUAAAUGCCCUGGCUAUUGUCUUGCUGUUGGUGCCAGGUACAUUUUGUCAGUGCGUUGACUGUCACAAACACUGGAAGUCUCGUUGCAAGACCAACUCUACGGGGUAUUACUGCGCUCCAGGUGCUUACAUCCACCAAUGGAUGGUGCCAUUGAAAGAGUAUAAUGCGGGCCUAAAGGGUUUUAACACCCCCUUUUCAUCAUGCACCCCGUUCCCCUUAGAAAUAAGUUACGUCGAGACGUUUUGCUGUCUGUACUCACCCUUGGAUGGCUGCCAGUUGGCCCUUAAUCCGGGUAUCUUCGAUAAGGAGAAGCUACCUGUCACGAGAUGUGAGGACUGCAUUAAGCACUGCCCAUGCUCGAACAAGGCAACACCACCUCUCAAGCCUUGGAUCAUGGUACCUCUUCUUGCAAUAUUGGCUAUGCUAACCAAGUCGAUCUACUCGACUCAAAAUGCUCGGGCAAGAUGCGGUGCACAACUUAUUUGAGCAUUGACAGUAGUUGAAUGUGUGGGGAAUUCAUUGAAAUCCGUCGAAUACGAUGAUGUUUUUUAUCCCUAAAUGUCGACGAGGCUAACCAAGUUCAAAGCGAAGACAGUUGUACCUUUGGAGGAUGUGCUGCAGUGAAGAGACCCUGCCAGCUAAUAAAACUACAAAUGAUGUCCUUUGUCAAUAUCCUUCAGCUUUCAACUAUUUGACCACCAAAUGCUAGCUCUUGUGUUUGGAAAAAGCCUAUUAUUGAACCAUUAUUGUUUACUUAUCCACACCUAAUUGCUUCUGGCUACACUUAAUAAAAUAGCACAGACAUGGCCACUACGCCAU